CUGGCUGUGACGCUACUACAACUGGCAGCGAUUCGCAGAUCGUCACGACGCCCUUGAAGCAAUUUCCUCUGUCUCCCAAGUAUUUUUCUCCUCUGCCCCUCCCACCGCCUCUUUUUUGCGUCCUUUUUUUUCUUCUCUUUUCCAAACAACUUCACAUCAAUCCCGCCCAAAAUGCCUGUUGGUACUGUUCUCAUCACCGGAGGAACCGGCUACAUUGGCUCCUUCACCACCCUCGCCCUUCUCGACGGCGGCUACGACGUCGUGAUUGUCGACAAUCUCUACAACUCGUUUGAGAAUGUCGUCGACCGCAUCGAGAAGCUGUCUGGCCGCCGCCCAGCCUUCUACAACGUCGACAUUUGCGACGAAAAGGCCCUCGAUGUCGUCUUUGACAAGCACCCCGAGAUUGACAGCGUCAUUCACUUUGCCGCCCUCAAGGCUGUUGGCGAGUCUGCCGAGAUUCCCCUAGAGUACUACCGCGUCAACGUCGGCGGCAGCAUCUCGCUCCUGCGUUCCAUGACCAGCCACAACGUCAGCAACAUUGUCUUCUCCUCGUCUGCUACCGUCUACGGCGACGCCACCCGCUUCCCCAACAUGAUCCCCAUCCCCGAGAACUGCCCCAUCGGCCCUACCAACACCUACGGCCGCACAAAGUCCUCCAUUGAGGACGUCAUUACCGACCACGUCAACGCCCAGCGCAACAACCUCCAAAAGGCCGGCAAACCCUUUGAGCAGUGGAACGGUGCUCUGCUCCGCUACUUCAACCCUUGCGGUGCUCACCCUAGCGGUAUUAUGGGCGAGGACCCCCAGGGUGUUCCUUACAACUUGCUGCCUCUGCUUGCUCAGGUUGCCACUGGCAAGCGUGAGAAGCUUCUUGUUUUCGGCGACGACUACACUUCCCGCGACGGCACUGCCAUCCGUGACUACAUUCACGUCCUCGAUCUCGCCAAGGGCCACUUGGCUGCCCUCAACUACCUCCGCGAGAAGAAGCCCGGUGUCAAGGCGUGGAACCUUGGCUCUGGCCGCGGCAGCACCGUCUUCGAGAUUGUCAAGGCUUUCUCGUCUGCUGUCGGCCGCGACCUCGCCUACGAAGUCGUUGCCCGCCGCCAGGGUGAUGUGCUCGAUCUGACUGCCAACCCUACCCUCGCCAACCAGGAGCUCAACUGGAAGACGGAGCUCACCAUGGAGAAGGCCUGUGAGGACCUCUGGCGCUGGGCCAACAAUAACCCCCAGGGUUACCGCCAGGAACCCCCUGCUGAGCUCAUGAACGCUGUCGUCACCCCCAAGGUCUAAGCGCCGAAUGUGGUGUGCAGCUUUUAUGUCAACCAAAAUUUGAAGGAAUGGAUAUUGAGGAUACAUUGAGAGCUGCAAGCAACGCUCCAAGCAUAAUUGAUAGAUACAGCACACAUGAUAGAACGAUAAGUUAGGCAUUGAGCAUCCAAAAAUGAAGCGAUAAUUAAUAUUUUAUUUAUUUUUCAUGCAUUACAUCAUUUUACAACUUGAGCACCAGCUUGCCGGUGGUCUUGCGGCUCUCAAUGUCGGUAUGAGCACGACCAGCAUCAGCGAGGGGAUACACAUCGUGGAUGCUAACAACGAUGCCCUUGUUCUUAAUCAUGUCGAAGAGUUCAGUCGUGUACUGCUCAAGCUCCUCGCGCUCAACAAGGUAGUUGUUGACGACGGGGCGCAUGAGACGGACGUUCUUGGGGGCCAGACGGAGCAGCGCGACGCCCUCGACAGCACCAGACUAGACGCACCAGUUAGCACCAACCUCUUUUUAAUAGUAGUAGCGUAUGUACUUACAGCAUUGCCGAACGAAAUCAAGUUACCCUUGCGAGCAAUCAUCUCCAAGUCCAAAUCAAACGUCGACUUGCCAAUACCAUCAAAGAUGGCAUCCACACCAUGCCCAUUCGUAAUCUUCUUCACCUCGGCCGCCACAUCAUCCGUCGACUUGACAGUGUAAUCCGCACCAAGCUUCUUCGCAAGCGCCAGCUUCUCAUCCGUACUCGCCGACGCAAUCACCUUGGCGCCAAUCGCAUGCAGCAUCUGCACAAGCAGCGAGCCGCAGCCUCCCGCAGCCGCAUGCACAAACGCCCACUGGCCAGGCUGAACAUUGGCAGCCUCGCGGAUAAACGUCCACGCCGUAAGGCCCUGGAGAUAGCCGGCGGCAGCCACCUCGGUCGAGACGCCAUCGGGGAUCGAGAUCACAUUGCUGGCAUUCACGGCCGUGUACUCGGCAUACGCGUUGCCCUCCAUGUAGACGGCCUUGGAGCCGACGGGGAACUUGGCGGCCGCGGCGCCCGUGGCGGCAAUGACUUCGCCGGCGGCUUCGCGGCCCAGACGGAGCGGGAACUGCGGUGCCUUGUACAGGCCGCUGCGGAAGUAUGUGUCGAUGAAGUUGACGCCGGCGAAUUCGUUGCGGAUGAGGACCUGGUUGUCGGCGAGGGUGGGCACGGGGACGUCCUUGUGCUCGAGGACUUCGAUGCCGCCGUUCUGGGCGAUCUCGAUGGCCUUCAUGGUAGCGGGGAGGGGAGCCAUGUUAUUAGCGAAUUGGCGACGAUUAGUGGUGUUGUUGGUGAUGAUUGGGUAAGAAGUGAAGGUUGGACGGGG